GCAGCCCGGCGCCCCUUGCCCGCCGCCCGCGGCCCGGCGUGGCCGCAGCCCAUGGAUUUCACUUAGCGCCAGCGGCCAUGGCGGCACAGUGCUGCUGCCGCAAGGCGCCUGGCGCGGAGGCCGCACCCGCCCGCCCGCCGCCCGAGCCGCCGCCCGCCCUGGACGUGGCCUCGGCCUCCAGCGCGCAGCUCUUCCGCCUCCGCCACCUGCAGCUGGGCCUGGAGCUGCGGCCCGAGGCGCGCGAGCUGGCCGGCUGCCUGGUGCUCGAGCUGUGCGCGCUGCGGCCCGCGCCCCGCGCGCUCGUGCUCGACGCGCACCCGGCCCUGCGCCUGCACUCGGCAGCCUUCCGCCGCGCCCCCGCCGCCGCCGAGACGCCCUGCGCCUUCGCCUUCCCCGCCCCGGGGCCGGGGCCCCCGCCGCCCCCGCUGCCCGCCUUCCCCGAGGGUCCCGGCACCGAGCCCGCCUCCUGCCCUCUGGCCUUCAGGCUGGACCCGUUCACCGACUAUGGCUCCUCGCUCACGGUCACUCUGCCGCCUGAACUGCAGGCGCACCAUCCCUUCCAGGUCAUCCUGCGCUACACCUCGACCGACGCCCCCGCCAUCUGGUGGCUGGACCCAGAGCUGACCUACGGCAACGCCAAGCCCUUCGUCUUCACCCAGGGCCACUCCGUGUGCAACCGCUCCUUCUUCCCGUGCUUCGACACACCUGCCGUCAAGUGCACCUACUCAGCUGUGGUCAAGGCCCCAUCAGGGGUACAGGUGCUAAUGAGUGCCACCCAGAGUGUGUACCUGGAGGAGGAAGGUGUCUACCGCUUCCACAUGGAGCACCCUGUGCCAGCCUACCUCGUGGCCCUUGUGGCUGGAGACCUCAAGCCAGCAGACAUCGGACCCAGGAGCCGCGUGUGGGCAGAACCAUGUCUCCUCCCCACGGCCACCAGCAAGCUGUCAGGGGUGGUGGAGCAGUGGCUGAGUGCGGCAGAGCGGCUCUACGGGCCGUACAUGUGGGGCAGGUACGACAUUGUCUUCCUGCCCCCCUCCUUCCCCAUCGUGGCCAUGGAGAACCCCUGCCUCACCUUCAUCAUCUCCUCCAUCCUGGAGAGUGACGAGUUUCUGGUCAUUGAUGUCAUCCAUGAGGUGGCCCACAGCUGGUUUGGCAAUGCCGUCACCAACGCCACGUGGGAGGAGAUGUGGCUCAGCGAGGGCCUGGCCACCUACGCACAGCGCCGCAUCACCACAGAGACCUAUGGUGCCGCCUUCACCUGCCUGGAGACAGCCUUCCGCCUGGACGCCCUACACAGGCAGAUGAGGCUCCUUGGAGAGGACAGUCCAGUCAGCAAGCUGCAGGUCAAGCUGGAGCCAGGUGCCUGCUCCCACCAGGCCUGUGCCUGGGACCCGGUGGAUGCCACCCACCCCUCAGGCCUCCUUCCCUGCCUCUGGCUUGCUCAGGCCGGGCUGAGUCCCCACAAAGGCGUGAACCCCAGCCACCUGAUGAACCUGUUCACCUAUGAGAAGGGCUACUGCUUCGUGUACUACCUGUCCCAGCUCUGUGGAGACCCCCAGCGCUUCGACGACUUUCUCCGAGCCUACGUGGAGAAGUUCAAGUUCACCAGCGUGGUGGCCCAGGACCUGCUGGGCUCCUUCCUGAGCUUCUUCCCAGAGCUGAAGGAGCAGAGUGUGGACUGCCGGGCAGGGCUGGAGUUUGAGCGCUGGCUCAAUGCCACGGGCCCACCGCUGGCCGAGCCGGACCUAUCUCAGGGGUCCAGCCUGACCCGGCCUGUGGAGGCCCUGUUCCAGCUGUGGACGGCGGAGCCCCUCGAUCAGGCGGCAGCGUCAGCCAGUGCCGUGGACAUCUCCAAGUGGAGGACCUUCCAGACGGCACUCUUCCUGGACCGGCUCCUGGAUGGGUCCCCGCUGCCUCAGGAGGUGGUGAUGAGCCUGUCCAAGUGCUACUCCUCCCUCCUGGACUCCAUGAACGCUGAGAUCCGCAUUCGCUGGCUGCAGAUCGUGGUGCGCAACGACUACUACCCAGACCUCCACCGGGUGCGGCGCUUCCUGGAGAGCCAGAUGUCGCGCAUGUACACCAUCCCACUGUAUGAGGACCUCUGCACGGGUGCCCUCAAGUCCUUUGCGCUGGAGGUCUUCUAUCAGACGCAGGGCCGGCUGCACCCCAAUCUGCGCAGAACCAUCCAGCAGAUCCUGUCCCAGGGCCUGGGCCCCAGUGCCGAGGCCAGCACUGAGCCCGACGCUGAGCUGGCCAGAGCUGGGGCAGAGGCAGGGUCAGACUCGGCAGCCCUGCUGCUUGGCGACGAGGCCCCCAGUAGCGCCAUCUCUCUCAGGGACGUCAACGUGUCUGCCUAGCCCUGACAUUGGGCCAACCUUCAACCUCCCAGACACCAAGAUUGUGCCUUCUGUGGCCCGGGCCGCCAUGACUGCGCCUUGGCUCUGGCCACGAGCUCGGCCCGGGCCCGUGAGCCUCUCCCGUGGGCUCUCCCGUGGGCUCUCCCGGGGGCUCUCCCAGGCUGGGGGCUUGGGGAGAGGGAUUCUGUCUAGUGGCAGCCCUGGGGGCCUGAGCUCACCCUGUCCCAGCUGUCCUGCACUGUGGGCCUCAGGACUGGCCUUAUGCACCACGCCUCCCAUCUCAACACUGACAGCCAUGCGUGGCCCCGGACACCCGCACCUGCUGGACACCAUCGUGGGACCGCAGCUCCAGCAGCUCAUGGCGACCACCACACUGUGCCUUACGUCUGCAGACAGGCUGCACUGCCCCCGAGGCACAGCUUCCCCAGAACCCUGCACUGUUAUCCCCUGGCAGAGGGACAAGGACGCGAUGUACCCUCACUGUGGGGGCUGGGGACAGGAGAGAAGGGGCAUCACAUGGGGAGCCUUGGCCCCUCGGCACAUGGAGUCCAGGCCCCAGAGGCCUGUUCUCCCAGCUGCCUGGGGUAGCGGCACAGCCACCCGGCUCACCCCAGGAAAGGGGUGGUGCUGAUGCUCUUGGGGCACACCUGCUGGAGGCACCAGGUAGGAAGGCUCCAGCUUGGGACUGUGCAGUGGGCACCACGUGACUGUCCCAUUAAACCUCCACUCUGCA